GUAGGUGAAUGACUGACUUUAUAAGAUCUAAUUCUCAUAAUUUAUGUUCAGUGUGUUUAAUUGUACAUUUUAAACACAAAUAUACCUUGUUUUAGUCCAAGUAGAAUAGCAACGUUUGGACAUCAAUCUACCGUUUCCAUCUAAAAUUCGGUGGAGUUUUUAGUCAAUCAUGACGGAAACAAUGGCAUUGAGUGGAAACUGUAGGACUAACCCUACAUCCAAAGACCAAGGAUCUGUUCAGAAUAGUUUCCCAGAUGUUGUAGAAUUAAAUGUCGGGGGACAGGUYUAUUACACACGUCAUGCAACGUUAGUAAGCACCCCGAAUUCCUUGCUGGGAAAAAUAUUCUCACCCAAGAAAGAUGCCACUAACGACUUGGCGCGGGACCCUAAGGGACGCUAUUUUAUCGACAGAGAUGGAUUUUUAUUUCGAUAUGUGCUGGACUUCCUCAGAGACAAACAAGUUGUACUGCCCGACCAUUUUCCAGAGAAGGGGAGGCUUAGGAAAGAGGCGGAGUACUUCCAGUUGCCAGACAUGGUCAAACUAUUGACCCCCGAAGAUUUAAAACACAGUCCAGACGAAUACUUCCACAGUGAUUUUGAAGAUGGUUCUCAUGGCAGCGACCACAAGAUGUGUCCGCCGUCAUCACUGGUCCCGGCGGACAGAAAAAGUGGGUUCAUUACAGUUGGUUACAGGGGCUCUUGCACAGUGGGCAGAGAGAGUCAAACUGACGCCAAAUUCAGAAGGGUCCCGCGGAUUUUGAUUUGUGGGAGGGUCGCGUUAGCCAAGGAAGUUUUUGGGGAGACCUUGAAUGAGAGUCGAGACCCAGACAGGACACCGGAUCGAUAUACUUCCAGGUUUUACCUGAAGUUCAAACACCUUGAGAGAUCAUUUGACAUCCUGUCAGAGUGUGGUUUCCAGAUGGUUGCCUGUAACUCUUCAGUCACAGCGUCCUCCGUGAAUCGACACACAGAGGACAAGAUCUGGUCAAGUUACACUGAAUACAUCUUCUAUCGUGGCACCUCUCGGUGGUCUUCCCCGCCCUGCGACUGCUGCUGCAAGACCCACAAGGGAGAGGGCGAGAGCGGCACCUCCUUCAACGAGCUCUCCACCUCAAGCUCCGAAAGCCAGUCAGAGGCCAGCUCACCCCACGGCACCGUUAUCUGUGGGCCGGUCAGCCAGCAGUCCCACGUCCAUGUCCAGACCCUGGACCGGCCGCAGAAGAAGGGCCCGGUGCAGAUGCUGCAGCAGUCGGAGCAGCGCAGGAAGAGUGAUCUCCUCCGAACACUCACUGCCAGCUCCCGAGAUACCAGCACCUGCAAGAAGAGGCCGGCCAAGGAGAAGAUGACCAUUGAGGAGGAGCUGGAGAAGUGCAUCCAGGACUUCCGCAAGAUCAAGAUCCCCGAGCGCUUCCCGGAGAGGAAGUACAUGUGGCAGGCAGAUCUACUGAGGAAGUACCGUGUCUGA